AUGUCAACAGCCCCACACCCGAGCGCGGCUGAUAUGGGGACAGAGAACAUCACCAGCAUGCGGGCGGCCUGCUUUGCCAACGACACGAAGACGAAAGGAGGCAGGCACCUGCAGCACUCCGGGCCUGAAGGCGAGGACGCUGCCGGCAACCGCCACAUCAACAACACCAUCUCCUCGCCAGCUGCACUCAAGGCGCACGUCGCCCACCUCGAGCAGCAGCUGGUCGCCGCUCAAACCCUGCUGAGCAGCCUGGGUUAUGCCUCGACCGACUCUGUGCCGUCGGCGAUGUUGACCGCCCGGGCGAUGCUACCCCCGACGCCCUCAGCCAUCGAGUUUGAGCUAAUGACACGCUUCCCAGCACCUUUCCCCGUGCUGGACCACACCGAUUCAGCCAUGUUUGACACCUUUGCACGCACUCUGUCGCCGGGCCCGCGCACGUCCGUAACCGCUCUACCCGGUCCCAAACCCCGAGAUCCCCGGCUUAAACGGCUGCGUCUGGCCCCGUGGCUUGCCGCCCCUGUUGCCGACGGUUUUGCCCAGGCCCUCAUCGCCUUCUACCUCGAUAACGACCACCUCGUCUUUCCCUUUUUCGACGCCGAUGUCGUCCUCGAUGGCCUUGCAGAGGGCAUUCCAAGCGAUGUCUGCUCGCCUUUCCUGGUGGCCGCCCUGCUUUACAUGGCCAGUCUGGAAUACGCCUCGAUAGACCCCCCGGCCAUCCGCGUCUCUACCAUCUUUCUCGACGAAGCCCGCCGCCUGUGGCCGCGCAGCCCGGCCCCUGACACGGUCGCAACCGUCUCGGCGUACGGCCUGAUGAGCGCCGCCCUCCUCUUUGUAGGCCAGGAUACCCUUGGGCUCGAAACUGCCACUGCCGGCCGCGCCAUGGCCCAGAGACUCGGCUUGUUCGGCGUCGACCCGGACGGCCCCCAAGCAGCAGUGAGGAGACUACCCCUUUCGACAACAGGUGGCGAGGCCCUUCGGCGGCGCAAGUGGCUCCGGGCCGCUGCGCACGCGGCAUGGGGCACAUAUAACUGGCACACCAAGCUCAUCCUCUUCUACCACCACCCGCCCAUUCUGCACCCGCCGGGCCUCAGCAUUCCUGGAGACCCGCCCUCGCGGUACACUGCGCUGACUUUCGUCCUGUCGUGCGGCCUGUGGACGAUCGCGCACGAGGUCAUUGCCGUGUACGCGGCCAACAUGGCUGGUGCGAUCGCUGCCCGAGCACCGCUGGCGUUUGCCGAGGCAAAGUACCGGAAGCUGCUGGCCUGGACGGACUCUGUGGACCACGGAGAGCAGCGGCAGCAGGGCGUACGUCGGGGAGACGAGAGCCCUGCCGACGUCCUUGUAUUCCACAUGAUGUUCCACUUCGUCGUCGGCAAGAUCUGGUAUCCUUUCCUACAGGUGACGCCCCAGCCACGACUGCGCUCCUUUGCCUCGCGCGAUGCCACGCCCUGGCACAUCUACGCCGCCUCGGUCAACCAGCUCAAGGACCUCAUCCUGCGCUACCGCGCCAGCUAUCCACAGUCCCUCUUCACGCCCUGGUACAACCCGGCCCUCUUUAUGCUCGCCGGCGCGCUCCUGCGUGAUCCACUUCCUCCGUCCCCGCCAGGCAUGUCCACAACUACAACUACAACCACCACCACCACCAACACCACCAUGCUGCAGCUAUCGCAGCAGCAGGAGAGGCAAGAGCAGCAGGAGCAGCAAAAGCUGUCCCAGGCUUUCCUGAUCCGCAGGAGCUACCUCGUGCUCUGCCUCCGCUGCUGGCAGGACCUGCACGUGUGCUACCCAAAGUACCGGCCGGUGAUGCGGGCCUUCCUCGCGCUGGCGCUGCAGGCGGGCGCCAUCUCGGUGGCCGAGGCGAGGGCCCACGUCGCCGAGCUGGACCGCCGCGGAGCACACCACAAGCAUGUGCGGCGGCAGCGGCAGCCGCAACCACAGCCACGGCAGCCUGGGGAGCGUCCGCACCGGGGUAUUGGGGGCCGUGACGAGGGAUCGCACCAAGAUGAGUCUCGGAGCGCGGCCGCUGGUGCAACUGCCCGGGAUGACGAAGAGCUGCACGCAGAGGGAACCAUUCCAGGUGCAGAGGAGGCAGGACGAGACGGUGGCGGUAAUGCCCGAGCGAGUUCUUCAAGACUCGACACAGAAAUGCAUGGCGCUGGGGCGAUGGCAACAGUGACGAUGACUACCACCGCCGAGGACGAAACUCUACCGGGAGCCACAAGAAAGGAAACGGCUGCCGGCACCGCCACCAACCCCACCGCGCUCGGCGGCCAUGAAGAGGAUGAGGAGGGGGAGGAGGUCAUCGUCAACGCGACCCUCGUGUCCGAGUUCGACCUCCCUUCCGCGCCGCGCGAGCUCUCCGUGCGCGUCAUGGAGGAAAAGUUUGAAGAGCUCGCGCUCUUUGCAGAGUUUACUGCCGACCAGGACCUGGAGGUGCACGGAGAUCAGCACCAGGGCGGUGGCGGCGACCAAUAG